AUUUCAUAACUCGUGACGUAGCACCAACGCAAAAGGCUCUAGUGUUAUUUUACAAAAAAUGUCUCCAAUCAAGCGCGGACAUAUAUAUGAAUUUGGUAAUUAUGAUACAUCGGAGAAUAUUGUACAAGUUCGCUUUGCACAGUUAUUACAAAAGUUUUCGUCCUAACCUAACAAAGUUAUCCAAGCGUGCGAGUCCACGUCGCGGUAUGGCAACUAACACGGAUUUCUUGUCAGAGACUAGGUCGCAUUUAAGAGAUCUCUUUCGUGCCGCCGUGAAAGCAGUGUCUCCUAACGAGAUUAUAAAGAAGAAAGUGAAACUCCGGGAUAAUGCUCUGUACAUUAACAAUGAAAAGUAUCCGCUUCAAGAGAAUGUUUACAUAGUCGGAUUCGGCAAAGCGGUUAUGGGAAUGGCCGUGGAACUCGAGAGGAUACUCGGUGGUACUCUGAGGAAAGGUAUAGUCAGCAUUCCGAGAAAUUCAAUGGAUAUCGUGUGGAAGUCGGAGGACAAGUCUAGCUUUCCGAAGUUGUACAACAGCGUGAUCAAAUAUCGCGAAGGUGGCAUGAAUAAUCAACCCGAUGGGGAAUCGUUUGAAACCACACACGAUAUUAUAGAUCUGGUGGAGAAGUUAACAGACACCGAUACUUUGAUAGUCUUAAUCUCAGGUGGAGGCUCAGCUUUGCUAUAUAUGCCAAGACCUAUCAUUGACAAAAUGGAUAAAUUGGAACUAUGUAAGAAGCUUCAGAAUGCAGGUGCUAGCAUUACUGAGCUCAAUAUCGUAAGAAGAAAGUUGUCCCUUGUAAAAGGUGGUGGUUUGGCACGAAUGGCUUAUCCUGCUUCUAUUAUCGCACUGAUACUAUCUGAUAUUAUCAAUGACCCUAUCGACUUGAUUGCUAGUGGUCCUACUGUUUACAGUGCCAGAGCACCAGAGCAAGCAGUUGCUAUAUUGAAAAAAUAUAAUUUGUAUCAGUCAUUAGAGGGUGAUUUGAAGAAAGUUUUAACAUCCAAAGAGACCUUCAAUGAUGUUCCAUUGUUAAAUUCAGCUAAUCAGUUUAAGCAUGUAACAAACAUAAUCAUAGGGAAUAAUACAACAGCUAUAAAAGUUGCAUGGCAAGAGGCAUUGUAUAAGAAAUUGACUCCAAUAAUAUUGAGGAAUGAUGUCGAAGGCAAUGUACGUGAUGUUAGUUUAGGAUAUGUGCACAUAGUGAAUUUAAUAUUGCUCAUCUUAAUGAACAAAUUGACAUUAGAAGAUUUCUAUGAUAAAGUGUAUAAUAAUGCAAUUCCAUUAGAUUUGGAUAAAGUAAAUGAGAUCUAUCAUUAUAUUGUCAACAAUAUUGGUGAUAUAGUUUUAAUUGGAGGAGGAGAACCUACAGUCUUGGUAAAAGGUCAAGGGAAAGGUGGCAGAAAUCAGGAAUUAACUUUACGCUUCUCACAAGAUUUAUAUGGAAUGUACAAAGUACAUCCAGAAUUUGCCAAUUAUGAGGUAAUGAUGUUGAGUGCUGGCACCGAUGGUCAAGAUGGUCCUACUGAUGCAGCAGGUGCAUUCGGUUAUCCUGCUAUUGUACCUAUAAUGCAAAAUCUUUACCAAAGAGUGAAAGUUAUGUCCAAUGAAAAAUUCACAUCAAGCAUGUCUCAGGAAGCAGUAAAAUAUAUGGAGAAAAAUACAGAUGAGAAUUCGACGCAAGAUCCGUCAUGUGAACUAUCGAAAAUGACAAGAUCUAUUGUUCAACCGCAGGGACAAGAUGCCACCGUAGUAGGAUCUGCUUCUGCUCGAACAGAUGAUAACGUCCAUAUUGAUCCUAUGGUAUUGAUGGAAACGGAACGCAUGUUGCUUAAGAAUACUCUGUCAAAUAACGAUACAUACAAUUUUUAUUCACGUUUUAAGAGAGGCGCGGAUUUAUUGAAGACAGGACUCACUGGUACUAAUGUUAUGGAUUUACAUUUUAUUUACAUUAGAAAAAAACGGUGCGAAGAUAAAUUCGCGAUACAUGAUAAAAUAACACAGUGUGGACAUAUUUUCGACAUACACGACUUACAUGUUGAUACAAUGACUGUCGAGAGAUAUAAGGCUAAGCAGGUUUCCUUAGAAGUUGACAAGGACAAAGAUUUAAUCGCUAAAGCUAGGGAAGAAAAGCCACUGCUUGACAUAAAGAUCAUUGAUGAAAAUCUUACAGAUAUGUGUUGUAACAAAAAGCGCAAGAGUUGAUCAAGCAAACUAUAUGUGAAUAAAAUAUAUGAAACGAACUGUAUUAUAGUAGAACUAAAAUUAUCUGUAUACAGGAUGUCCCAUUUUAACUUUCGCAUUAAAAAAUCUCGAAAACUAUGAAAGAUAUUACAAAAAGCUAAAACACGUUUUCCGUGAUUUCGAAGGGGAAAGAGAAUGGCAUUAUGGUUUUUUAUUGGGAGGACAUUUUGAAGGUCAGUUGAAGGUCAACUUACUUUUUUUUAAAUAGAAAGCCCAAUUUUUUAUUCUAUCUUCUUUUUCUACCAAUUUUAAC